AUCCCCAGUACCCAAAACAAAAAAUGCAUUUUAAUGGUAUGUCAUAAGUCUAAGAAUUGGUGUGCUGUGUGACUGAAAGGAAAAUAAAUCUGUAAAUAGAGAAUAUUUAAAUGAUAGUUGAAAUUCUAGUGAUGAGAAGACUAAAGGGUAGUUUGUAAAAACAUCCAAGGGAUAUAUUGAAAAGAAAGUCAGUCAUGUGAAAUCGAGUAAAUCAUGUCCACCUAAGAUAAUAUUAAGUCAGCAAAACUCUUCAACUCUGUUACAAAUACACCUGCCUUGUAGUUCUAAAGUUUGGUUUACUAAAUUCACAAAUUCAGGUGCCUGUUUCUGUCCCGGGGUUAUCAAUCAAAAUGGUACAUGCUGAAGCCUUUUCUAGACCCUUAAGUCGGAACGAAGUUGUUGGUCUAAUUUUCCGUUUGACAAUAUUUGGUGCAGUAACAUACUUUACUAUCAAAUGGAUGGUAGAUGCAAUUGAUCCAACUAGAAAGCAGAAAAUAGAAGCUCAGAAACAGAGAUUGAACUAGGGUCCUUGUGCUUGCAAGGCAGGCCACCGAACUGCUGAGCUAAAUCCCUGGCCACCACUCACUCUUUACAUCCUCCUUGACUUCUUAAAAUGAAGUUGCAUCAAAGGAUAAUGAAAUAAUUGAAAAGGCAGAAAAACUAAUGAAGCAAAUUGGUGUGAAAAACGUGAAGCUUUCAGAGUACGAAAUGAGUAUUGCUGCUCACCUAGUAGACCCUCUUAAUAUGCAUGUUACUUGGAGUGAUAUAGCAGGUUUAGAUGAUGUUAUUACAGACCUGAAAGAUACAGUCAUCUUACCUAUCAAAAAGAAGCAUUUGUUUGAGAAUUCUAGGCUUCUGCAGCCUCCCAAAGGUGUUCUUCUAUAUGGGCCUCCAGGCUGUGGUAAAACAUUGAUUGCUAAGGCUACAGCCAAAGAAGCUGGCUGUCGAUUUAUUAACCUUCAGCCUUCACCACUGACUGAUAAGUGGUAUGGAGAAUCUCAGAAAUUGGCUGCUGCUGUUUUCUCCCUUGCCAUAAAGUUACAGCCUUCCAUCAUCUUUAUAGAUGAAAUAGACUCCUUUCUACGAAACCGUUCAAGCUCUGACCAUGAAGCUACAGCCAUGAUGAAAGCGCAAUUUAUGAGUCUCUGGGAUGGAUUGGAUACUGAUCACAGUUGCCAGGUCAUAGUGAUGGGAGCUACUAAUCGUCCUCAGGACCUUGACUCUGCUAUAAUGAGAAGAAUGCCUACAAGAUUCCAUAUCAACCAGCCUGCACUAAAACAAAGAGAAGCAAUCUUGAAACUCAUCUUGAAAAAUGAAAAUGUGGACAGGCAUGUAGACCUGCUUGAAGUCGCUCAAGAAACUGAUGGGUUUUCAGGAAGUGAUCUAAAAGAGAUGUGUCGAGAUGCUGCCCUCCUCUGUGUCAGGGAAUAUGUUAAUUCUACAUCUGAAGAAAGUCAUGAUGAAGAUGAAAUCCGGCCUGUGCAACAGCAAGACCUGCAUCGGGCAAUUGAAAAGAUGAAGAAAUCAAAGGAUGCAGCAUUUCAGAAUGUUUUAACACAUGUUUGUUUAGAUUAAAAGUAAAGAUCAUUUGUACAGUUCAGUGAUCUAGUUUGGUGUCCCCUCUUAUCAGCGGAAGUAGAGUGGAAAGAGUACCCUUAAAAGAGUGAAAGAGUCCCAUGUUUAUGGUUUUAUACUCUGAAUUCUAAAUUAUUGAGGUAUAGUUAUAUAAGUGGUAUUACUACUUGUCAGAAUCAUGAAGAGGAACAAUUUAAUCCAGCCCAAGUGUGGGUGCUUGUGUUUGACCUCUUUAGCCAUAUGUCGUCACAGCCUUAUAGAAUCUAAGCUGGUCUUAAAGGAAUGAAUGACUCAUUGAAUCAUUAGUGAGAAGUGGGGAUGUGGUUAGGUGCUGGUUCUAGACGUUUGUCUGUGUAUGUAUGUGUGUACAUUAAGUGUAUAUACUCACACAUUUUUUUAUUGACAUUCUGUAGAUAUGUUUGAAUACAGAAAUUUUUUUUACCCCAACCACUGAAUCCAAAAGUACCAAAUAGUAUAUAGGAAAACUACAAUUUGAGGUUGUAUCUUAACAGGUACAGUGAUUCAACCAUUUCUAGUUGUCAUUUGUUUUAGCCUUUUCUAAGUUGAGUGUUUUUCGGUCUGCAAUUGAUUAGUUGAAUCAAGCACAUCGGAAUAUAUGGUUUAAUUAUAAUGGUUAUAAGGAUAAUCAAAUAAAAAUAUUGCUUAAGGCAGAUGUAUGAUCAGCACUGAUUUCACCUCUUUCUGCAAGCCAUUAAGAAGACUUUUUAAACAAUGUUAUAUUGAUUUACAAGAAGGUGGAUUGAAAGCCUUUUAAAAGAAUGGGUUUGAAAAACUUCAGCACCUUUUAAGAU